AUGUCUGUAUCCACGAUUGAUACGUACUCAUAUACGUCACUGGCUCGAGUGAAAGUGUUGUUGGUGCCGAUCAAUGGGUGCAGCCGAAGAGACUUUGAAAAUUAUGUUGAUUUGCUCGAGAACGAUGGAUCUGAGAUACGACUACUUGAUUUGACCCCACAACCCAAGUUGGCUCAUUUCAACCCACAGACGUUCCCUCAGGGACAAAUAGCGUUUGAGUUCUUGACGUCAAUCCCUGAUAGCUCGUCUAUUUUCCUUUAUGAUUUCGAACCUUAUCGGAAAGUGUUUAUUGUGAUAGGCAUAGGAAAGUAUAAUGAGCAGCAUGACUCGGCAGACCAUUCGACGGGCUUGGCCAAUUCGUACCCAGGGUGCAUUGUUCACAAUACCAUCUUGUUUGAAACGCCCAAUUGUAGUUUACCGUCUCCAUCAGAUCAUACGUCGAAGUUGAACUUCUUCCACAGCGGGAAGGAGACCAAUAUCCAGACGAUAAUGUGUGGCAUAGGAGAAAACUUUUUGAAUGCACUUGAAGUGUAUGCAUCGUCGUACCUGACUAUUACGCUAAGAUCACCAGUUUCAUUGAAUACCAGCAGUUAUAUGCUACCAGCAACCAUUGCUAGGGCUCAAAAGAGAAUCCUGUCCGGUUCCGUUACGUCUAUCUCCUCUACUUUAAGUGCAAAUGGAGCCUCCUCGAACGGUAAUGGUAGCAGUUCAAAUGGAAAUACUAGCAACAUGAGUCAUAAUGAUGGCACCAACGGCAGUAAUAGUAGCGUCAGUGGUAGUGGCCAUUUUAGCGCAAAAGCUAACGGAGGCUUUAACAUGAGCGACAAAUCAAAACUUCAGCUGAGACAAAGUGGAAGACAAGCCAAACUAAUGGGUAAUUUCCGUUUGUUAGCAGGUAAGUAUUCGGAUGCACUCCAUUACUUCAAUGAGGCCUGCUUACUAUUGAAAAAAUGUGAUGAUCACCUCUGGUUAGGGAGUUCAUUGGAAGGUAUUGGAAUAUGUUCCAUAUUACUCCAGUACUUGGGUGUACAUUACCAGUUACCGACAAAUCUUUUGCAUAACAUCUUACAAAUUCCCAAAUCUAAAUUCACUCCGGUUGAUGAAAUUACCAUACCCAAUGUAUCGAGAUUGUCAACAGAUUCUAGAAAUUCGACAGCAAAUACCAAUGCUGGCACUACCAAGAGGAAUUCGAUUUACUCACCACGGAAUUCAAAUAGCAGCAUCGUGAAUUUCCAGCUCCCUGCAAUCACCAAUGUGUCGUCAUCUACGGGAGCAUCAGCAAAUCCAAAUAACUUUGAUGCCUUACCAAUACCAGAGUUCAUAAAAUACGUCUCGAGCAAAAUCUUCCAAUCCUACCAAAUGAGUAGUAAUGAUUUUGAAAACAUGGUGCCAGAUAAUGUUUACAUUGACUCGCUACUUAGGUAUCUCAAGUUUAUGGUUUACAUUUACAUGUCUGGAAGGGAGGCUAAUCCUAAUAGUAUUUUAGAAAGCAUUGUUAAAUCGCUAAAAGUUGAUCGGAGACAGGACCACGAAAUUAAGGAUUCAACUUUUACCAAAAUUGAAAUAAUCAGAGAAAUGGACAGAGUAUUCCAGUUUCAAUUGAUUGAUAUGAACUCUCUACAACAGUGCAAAGUCUACUGUACUCUAGCAAGUAUUUAUGAUGACCUUGGCUUGGAGAGGAAAAGAGCAUUUAUCUUAAGAGUCCUAUUAGCAAGUAUGUUGCCGAAACUUAAACAACAAUUACAGAAAGACAUUUCAGCAAAACAUGCACAAGAUGAAUCUGUUGUGGAUGAAAUCGAUAAUUCUAUAGGUUUUCGUGAAAUCCUUAGUGCUCUUUUCUCCAUUUACAAUAUAGAAACCCCAAAAUGGGUAACGCUUCAAAUCCCAUUUCUCAAGCUUUGUCUUGAAAUUUCAGAAACAAUAAAAGAUUGGAUGAAUUCGAUUAAGAUUUGUUCCCUAUUGCUAUCAAAAUAUGUCCACUGCUUAGAUGUAGAGGAUCAACUUUGGAUAAAAGAAACAUUUGACAAAUUAGUUUCAUACUCAAGAAUGAAUAAUUUGCCAGUUCAGAAUACGUACUGGGAUCCAUUUCUAGUUAGAAAGGUAAAAUUUCUAAACAAAACAAAAGAAGAAUUGGUUCCGUUCAAAGAAUAUAUAAAGAAUGGCCAAGGUUCAAAUCCUUCAAGUAACUCUCAGAAGCCAAAUAAGCCAUUCAUCUUUAAUCCUUAUAGCAAGGAAUCUAAAACUGCAUUCAAUAAAGAUAAGGUAAUAAUGGCUGACGACGUUUAUCAGUUAACAGUUACAUUACAAAAUCCUUUUGCAUUUGAAAUUGAAAUUGGUGAUCUUGAAAUUGUAACCGCUGAAGGAAGUGUCAAGGUUCAAACUCUUACUAACCUAUUAAGACCAGCAAUGACAACAAUAUUGCCUAACUCAAUGACAUCUACCAAUUUGGGAAAUGCAGCAAGACGAAAUAUAUCGACCAUUUCUAAGCCACAGCAGCUGCUUUCCAAACUACGUAACGCCACUUCAUCUACACCAGCAAUACCGACCAAUUCAUUGAUUGCUCCACCAAGUAAUGGAAAUACUGGUAUAGCGGUGACUACUUCAUCUUCUUCCACCUCAUCUUUUAACAACCAUUUGAAUAUCAUUGGAAAUUCAAUUCGACAAUUUCUUGUUUCAUUCAAACCUUUGGCAGUUGGCGAACUCAAAAUUAUUGGAUUUAACGUAUCUGUUUCCAACUGCAAGGGUCGGUUCUUCAGAAUUAUCGAAAGUGAAGGAGCUGCUAGAUAUGAAAAGGUUAAACUGGCGACAAAGAAGAUAAAGUCCGAUGAAACGAAGUUGGAAGUGGAUAGUGAUAGUCAAAAUAGUAAUACCAAUGAUUCUAAAUCUGAUAAUUUCAAUACCAGCUCACUAGAAUUAAUGGUCAUCAAACAGCAGCCAAUACUUUCACUCAGCAACAUCCUGCUCAAUAAUGGUUGGCUCAUGUUAUUACAGGGAGAGAAGUACAGAUUUUCAAUUGAAUUAACGAAUCAGUCUACAGAAUUAAUUAAUUAUUUAUCUUUUUCAUUUUGGGAUUCCACAAUUGAGCCCUUAAAUCAUAAACUUUCCAACUUAACUAAUAAUACCCCUGCAUCAGAAGUUUAUGAAAUAGAAUGGUACCUUUUGAAAUUCAAGCCAUUUGAAAUAUUAAAUAAAGAGGACAUUUCUUCAAAAUAUAAAAAAAUAUUACCUCAAACAAAUUUGACAAUUGAUUAUGAAAUUACUGGGAAGAAGGGAAUGAAGGAACUGAAAAUGAUUUUAGAAUACUCAAAUAAGGAAAUAGGAGAUGAUGAAGCUGCCUUGGAUAGGCUGUUUGUGAAAUUUGUUCACGUUCCAAUCCAGUUGACAAUUGUACCUUCAAUAGAGAUUAUUGGAUGUGACGUAUUACCAUUGAUUGAAACAUCUAUGAAGAGCUUUGUAGCUUCCAAUGGAAUUGGUCCCUUCAAUAAACUUUUGAAAUAUUUGGAAACAUUGUUACUGACUGAGAGUGCAUCGGACUACUGCUUGUUCAUAGUUGAUUUGAAGAAUUCAUGGUCGAAAAGCUUACAAGUGGAAAUUAACUACAAAAUUGAUGAGAGGAAUACUUUCAUGAUUGAUGAAGUAUUGGAAUCUCAAAAAAGCAUUAGAAUAUUUUUACCUAUCAAGAGGAUCUUAUUUACUGAGUAUGAUUUGACCAGGAAAAUCCCAUCGCUAAUGAACAAGCAAUUCAUCAAAAAUUAUCUGAUUAGCGAAGAAGAAGACUUGCAAAUGAGAGAGCUCUUUUGGUUAAGAUACCUUUUGUUGGAAAAAUUGAGUGGUACCUGGAAAUCUAAAAACAGCCAAAGAGUAGGAGUGAUUGAUUUCAGAAGUAUCAGAUUAAACAGUAAGAUGGUGAUUGAAUUGGUAAAGGCAAAGAUUCAGUUGAAACUGAGUAUUCGCAGGGAAAAUGACGUUCGUAAGGUAGUUUUUGAAAAUGAAGGGUUGAAGUAUACGUUACAAACAGAAGAAUUUUAUUCAAUUCAUACCCAGGUGUCUAAUAAUACUUUGAAUGACAUUAGAGGAAUUUUAAGACUUGUUCCGAUACCCUUGGAUUACAAUGUUCUUUACCCCACAGGGCAUCCAAUGAAGAAUGCUUUAGCUUCCAUUGAUAGAAAAUUGUUAAUACAUGGAGUGCUUCAAAAGUCAAUCGGGGUAAUAAAGCCUGGUGAGAGCAUGGAGUCGGAGCUUAGCUUCACUAUACUUGAGAAGGGUUCGUACGAAUGGGGUGUUGUAUUUGAAGAAAUAACUAGCGAUGGAGGAAGAAGUGAAGUAGUUGGGUCAGAUCCAAUUACCAUAUCAGCAUAG